CCAUGUGAUUCAUAGGAAUUAUCUUAUCCUAUUUCAGUUUCAAGAAGGUUAAAAGAUGGCAAUUUAUUUCCAAAGGUAUAUUAAACACGAGCACAUAUAUCUGACAAAUAUGUGUAAAUACCGUACAUAUUUCCGAAAUAAAUUGUCCUUAUGGUGACGGGCUGCACUCUGUGUUGUAAAUCACACGGCUUCUAUUGGAAUUUACGUGAGUUUUCCUUUCUGAUUUCUAUAGAUCGCUAGGGCUGGUUUUAUAGACACUCGACUUGCGCGCAGGGUCAGCAUCAGAAACCUCAGCCAAUGAAAGGAAUGGAGCAGCUCAUUCAUAGAAAGACACGGACGUGCCGAGGUUUACAGCUAUCUUUGCAGAGGGUGAUUUAACACAUGUAACCUGUUGAGAUUUAAUCCUAGUCAACUCCUUUGAAGAUGCCUUCCUCUUUCCUCUCUUAUAUUGCAUUUGAACAAAUAUUUCUUUAUUCUUGGCAGUUCAAAAUAUCACACUGUUGCGUGAAAAAGUGAAAAAAGUAUCUUUUGUAAUUUCAUAAAAUUUUGGAAAUUAUAAUUACAAAAUGGAGAAGAACAAUUCUACGGUGGCUGGACACGACGAUUUUACUUUGAUGCCGGUGUGGCAACAGGUGGUGUUUAUCACGGCGUAUGUGGUUAUGAUUGUGGUGGCGGCCGGUGGCAACCUUGCCGUCAUUUGGAUUGUGAUGGCCCACAAGCGGAUGCGGACCUUUACUAACUACUUCCUGGUUAAUUUGGCGGUGGCCGACACCUUGAUUUCUCUGUUUAACACGGCUUUUGUAUCCAUCUUUCUGAUUUACCAGGAUUGGUGGUACGGAGAAGCCUACUGUAAAUUCAGUAACUUUAUUAACAUCUGUACCCUUUCCGCUAGUGUCCUGACGCUUAUGUCUAUAGCUAUCGAUAGGUACCUCGCCAUCAUCCACCCGCUGCGGCCCCGGCUGACGGUACGUGUGGUCCUGGCGAUAGCUGUGAUCUGGCUGGUUUCCAUAGUCCUGGCCAUUCCUAAUCUUAUAUAUGGCAAGACCAUGUUGGUACAAGGCAGGGUCAUCUGUUUAUUGAUUUGGCCCGACUUUACGAUGGAGAGUCCUUCCAUGUUAGACUUCGGAUAUAAUGUCCUUAUUAUGAUAGUGACGUAUGUACUUCCGCUGGUGACGUUAACAGUGACGUAUGCCCGAGUGGGGAUGGAGCUUUGGGGGAGUAGAGCCAUUGGGGAAAACACACCUGUCCAAUACGAGAGGAUUCGCUCAAAAAGACGAGUGGUAAAAAUGAUGAUCGUAGUGGUGGUGACGUUCGCCGUUUGCUGGUUGCCCUACCACAUCUACUUCCUCCUCCAAUCUACCACAGACAUAAUCAACUGGGAGCACAUACUACACGUGUAUAAUGUGAUUUACUGGCUCGCUAUGAGCAACUCCAUGUAUAACCCUAUCAUUUACUGCUGGAUGAAUUCUAGGUUCAGACAUGGUUUUGUCAAACUCUUUUGUUGCUGUCCCUGCGGAUCGUGCGCCAAGUUUAAGGACAGAUCUAAACCUGGUAUGCUUCCUGUCACAUUAUUAAGAAAUAGCUCUAAUACUUACGCAUUGACAGAAAAACACCACGGAAACGGUUGUACCAUUUACACUACCACUGAGUCAGUAGACGACGCCAGUUCGUCACCUGUUAUUCACAAGAAGGGGCGGAGACAUAGUGCUGAAUAUUUAUGAGCAUGGGUCGAAUGGUGUUCACCAAAUCCAUUUAUUCAUUGUUUGUUCUGUGUACAGGACUCUAUAUGUAUACAAUCUACUAUCAGAACGGAUAUUUCCAUGCCAUUUUUUUUGACACGGUUAUGAAUGAAAAUAAAAAUCUGUCUUCUAAUACUCGCAGAUUUCAAGACAUGGCGUUUUACGAGUUCUUGUAAGAAUGAUUACAAUCUGGUACCAUUCACAAGUUAAUCCACCCCGCUGUAGACUGUGGUGUAACCAUAGGUCAGUUCUAACUGUAUAAAAGUCUGUCAGUGUUGGUAUGUCAAAGCACUAUGUAUAGUUACUGCUAAUCUGAAGUAUUGAAGUCACAAUGUGAUCGUGAGCUUCAACAACAAAAACGUGUACUGCAAUGUCGUAUGACUAUAUGGUGAAAAUUAAGUGAUUCAAAAUGCUUACUUUAACCCGUGAUAUUCACUGUUAAUAGCUUUUUGUAUCAAAAUGCUUUUGCACGACUAACCCGAUCAUAUAUUGUUUAGGGCGUUACAUUUCUUAUCAUUCCAUUAUUUUGCUUUUUUGUUGACCCUUUAAUGUACUUUCUAACAGCCUACUAGAACUUACUGAUUGUGCACAGUGUUUUGUACAUAUGGUGUGUUCCUGUUUUAAAUGUAUGGUACCAAACUCUAUCAACUGUCAACUGCUUUCACUAAGAACAUUAAUGUAUAAUUGUUGUCAAGAUAUACUUUAUUUAUUUGCCAAUUGAUUUGGGGGCAAGGGUUAUUGAAAUUACACCAAUGAUUACGUAAUGUAUUAAUCACCCUUUCACUCACGUCAUGCGAUAAUGUGUGAUAUAUUUGUUGAAUUUUAUGCUUAUUCUGAAUCAUGAAUUAAACUGAAAUUAAAUCAAAAUAUGUUA